AUUUUUCGUAGUAUGUAUGACGUUAUUCGAUUUCGAUUCAGUACGUGAUACUUGCGCAAAAUUGUAAAGAAAUUUUCUGGAAAAUAAUAAUAUUGUGUUUUUAUUUUUUGCCUUGGCCAUAUGAAGAAAAUUACCAUUUAUUAAUAUAGGUAAAAAAUGUUGAGGUUUCGGCCAAAGUUGGGAAGUGAGCGCAACAGUGAAUGGCGCUGCUGUUUCUGCCUCCAUGUCCGCACAGGAACCAUUCUACUUGGAACAUGGCACUUGAUGCUGCACCUAGUGGCGCUAGGUUUCUUGGCGGCCGUGGUGCGCGACCCGCGGCUGCUGGACGAGCUCGAGAGUGACUCCAAUCCCAUGCCUACGCCGCUGUCCAAUGUCGACAACCGCCCCGGCACCUACAUGCAGUCCCGGGAUCACAACCACAGCAUUAUUUACCAUGAUCUGGAUGUCGGUGCACUGGUUACAGUGUGCACGCUCGCCAUCACGCUCAUGCUGAUCUACGGCGCGUCGCGAGGCAAGCCGGCCCACCUGCUGCCUUUCUUCUGCCUGCAGAUAUUCGACUUCGCCAUUACUGUAUUGACGGCGACCGGGUACCUGUACUACCUACGCUCGAUCCACCGGCUGGUCGCGGAGACGAAGCGCGUGCCGUGGCGCGAGCAGCUCCUCGCGCUGCCGGCGCCCGCGCUCGCGCUGGUGGUGCUGUCCGUGUUCCUGCUGGCCGUGCUGCUCAAGGGUUACUGCAUCAGCAUGGUAUGGCGUUGCUACAAGUAUUUGACGAUGCGCGCGCACGCGCUCCACAGCCUCACCCCCUUCGUAAUCUCAGGGGAAACCCUAGCCGCCCCGCCGUACACCGCGCCCCCACCGCAGCCUGACUACUCCAGCCUGCUGCCUGCCUACGAGGAGGCGGUGAAACAGACCCCGCCGCCUUCAUACCGCGCCGCUACGCUCAUGGCCCACGCUGACCCCGCAGUAACCACGGUUAGAUCAUGAUACUGU